AUGCUGUAUUCAUGGGUCUUCUGCUACUGGAUGGUGUUAUUGGGUUUGUUGGCCGACGCAUCAAGGGAGUCCUUCAUCAAGAAUACACUGGGACCACUCCGAAGCUAUCCAGAACCCGUUAUUCAAGUACACCAGGUACCUGCUAGCUGUGAAUUGCAACAGAUACAACUGGUGGCUCGUCACGGAAAAAAGUUUCCUACAGUCGGUUGGUACUCAAAAUUCAGAGAAUUGGAGUCUCACUUGCAGAAACAUAAUGAAGUAUUGAAACGCACGAAUCCGUAUCUCGCGCAAUGGAAGGUCCCAUUAAAUGACGAGAUGAUAGGGCAAAGUACCAAGUCAGGGUUGGAAGAGAUGCGUAAAAUGGCUGUAAGGAUGAAAGGACGUCAUCCGGACUUUUUUUCAACUUUGACACCUGAAGAUAUUAUCGUAAGGUCGUCAAACAUGAGCCGAACUAUAGAGAGUGCAGCUGCUUUAAUUGGAGGUCUAUAUGGUGAUGCAAGUACCUUUCUAAUAGAAGUACUUGUCAAGAUGUUGACGCAGUCCUGUCAACGCUACUGUGAUGUACAUAAUGGCAUGACACACGAUAGUAGUAGCCACUCUCGGGUCUUGCAGGUCUCUGCAGCAGAACGGAUCGAUCUGGAUUUGAGAAACUCUGGUAAACAAGAACACAUCCAAUAUAUCCUAACGCAGCUUCCUACCUUAGAAGUCGCUGUCUUCGACAUGUUUGAUGGGGUUUGUACUCUAUUCAACAAGGACGAAUUCUUGGUCCGUGAGGUCUUAAAAGAUCUUUCAGUAUAUUAUGACUAUGGGUAUGGAUUUGAUAUCAAUGUAGAUAGGAUGUGUAGUCUUGUCACAGACCUGUUAGAAACUGCCAUCGGUGGGAAAAACUAUACUGUCUUGUUGAGAUUUACACACACAGCUGCCAUGGCAGCACUAGCUGCUGCUCUGGGCUUCUUUGCUGAUCCACCUCCAGCUCUCUCCCAUGUACAUCAUCCAUCAUCGAGAGCAUGGCGCUCAUCGUUUAUAGGACCAUAUGGAGCCAAUCUACAAAUCGAAACAUAUCAAUGUCAUGGUCAAAAUAAAGUCAGUCCCUAUGUACGAAUGUUGUGGAAUGAAAGAACACGAUUCCACAAGAUGAAGAUCCCAUAUUGUAACGAUUCUAAACAUACGUUAUGUCCGCUGGAUAAAGUACUCGCUGCAUACGUUUGA